CCGUAUCGACUCCUCGCGGACCAUGCGUCGGAAAGAGGCAAACAAGCAAGAGGGAGCCGACGAGGCGCCGAACGCUGGCGCUGCCGGCGCCUCCGACGGGGCGCUCGGGGUCUCAUCGAUUUAGGGGCCGCCGUCGAGGGGGGUAAGCGCCCGGGGAGGAUGCCGGUCGCUGGCGGAGGCCGGGAAGCCACCAUGAGCGUCCGGCGUGUCCGCGGCUCCUUUAGGGGCUCGCUGCGACAGUACGUGAGCGGCGAGACGGCCAAGCGAAACCCGGUGCGACACUUCCAAUGGGUCUACCAAAACGACGAGUGGCACAUCGCCUACGACGACGGAGAUGAGGUGUCCCUCAUGUUCGCCAAGUUUGAGCGACUCCCCAUGAAGGACUUCGGCGCCGAAGUGAGGGCAUCCAUGGACGUUGAUCAGUUCCUCAUUCAAGCCGUGCUCCUCCUGGAUGUGCAGGAGACCUCGCUCGAAGGCAUCGUCGACAAGAUGCUACAAAAGGUGCUUGACGGACGCGAACAGAUGGCAACCCUAGCGGAAGCAAAGGAAUCGCUUUUCACUCACGAACAAGUGCAUCUACUAUCCAGGACGAUCCAGGGAACGUGUAUGCGAGAGGGGGGAGGAUUCGACUACGACCAGUCCUGGAUUUGUGCACUGUGCGCGCUGCCGUCCCUUCAGAAGCGGCACGUGGCCGUGGCGCGGCUCAAACACCCAGCCAACAUGGGUCGCACGUGUCACGAGGUGCGCUUCUUCAUCCUGGUGCUGACGCCGAGCAAGGAGAAAGGCACCAAGAACGCCCUGGAGACGGGCCGCACGUUCGCCACCAUCUUCGCCGACAUGGACUUCCGGCAGCGCCUCCUGGAGGUGCACUCCGAGGCCGAGUUCAAGAACGUGCUGCUCAAACACGCCCAGGACCUGGCGGCCGAGCAAAGCAACCCCGUGCACCUGAGGGGAUCGCAGGCCCAGCUAGACUUCCCGCCCCGUAGGUGUCCCAUCGCUCAAGGUCUAAGCGACGACCUGCGGCGACGGUUGUCGCAUUACGUCAGCGACUAUAUAGAUGGAGUGGUAGGCCACCGGACAAUCUACAAGACCGUCUCCACCAUCUUCUUUCUCUAUUUUGCCUGCCUUCUGCCAACCAUUGCCUUCGGAGCGCUGAACGACACGAACACCAAGGGCAAGAUAGGCGAGUACGUCCGCAAGUGCAUCAUCAGCCAAACCAUUGGCGGCCUCUCCUUUGCCCUGUUCGGCGGUCAGCCGUUGGUUAUCCUCAUGACCACUGCCCCUCUCAGCCUGUACAUCAAGGUUAUCUACAACAUCUGCGAAGACUUCGACCUAGACUUCUACGCCAUGUACGCCUGUGUGGGGCUGUGGAACACGUUCUUCCUCCUCAUGUUCGCCGUCUUCGACGCCAGCAAGCUGAUGAAGUGGUGCACGAGGUCGACGGAGGAGAUAUUCGCGCUGUUCAUCAGCAUCGCCUUCUGCGUGGACGCCGGGCGCGACGUGUACAAGAACUUCCAGCGCUACUAUUACGCGUCCGAGUGCUCGCCUCCGACGGUGGAGUCGCUGAGCCGGCUUCUGCACAACGUGGGCGCGGCCACCAACAACACGACGGCGGCCGAGGCCCUCCUGGAGGCCCUGCCCACGUGCCGACGAGAGAACAGCCUGCUCUUCCUGCUGCUCAUGCUGGGCACCGUGUGGCUGGCCGUGUCCCUGUACAACUUCAACAAGACGCCCUACCUGCAGGCCAGCAAGCGUGAGAUGCUCGCCGACUACGCGCUGCCCGUGGCCGUCAUCGCGCUCAGCUUCCUCGGCUCGUUCGUCUUCCGAGAGGUCGAGACGGAACAGUUCCACUUCGGCCACAGCGACCAGUUCGUGCGAGCGCGCGUCGAGGCGCUGAAGUGGCCCGCCGCCCUGGCCGCCAUGGGCCUGGGCCUCGCGCUGUCGCUGCUGUUCUUCAUGGACCAGAACAUCUCCGCGGCGGUGGUCAACAACCCGUGCAACAAGCUCAAGAAGGGCGCCGCCUACCACCUCGACCUGCUGGUCGUGGGCCUGCUGAACGGCGUCCUAUCGCUGUUCGGCCUGCCCUGGAUGCACGGCGUGCUGCCGCACUCGCCGCUGCACGUGCGCAGCAUGGCCGACGUCGAGGAACGCGUCGACCAGGGCCACGUGUACGAGAUCAUCGUGCGCGUGCGCGAGACCCGGCUCACGGGUGCGAUUUCGCACCUGCUCAUUGGGCUCUCGGUGUUCAUGCUGCCCUACCCGCUGGCGCACAUCCCGACCGCGGUGCUGGACGGACUGUUCCUCUACAUGGCCAUCACGUCGCUCAACGGCAACCAGAUGUUCGAGCGCAUCACGCUGCUCUUCAUGGAGCAGGCCGCAUACCCGCCCAACCACUACAUCCGGCGCUGCCCGCAGCGAAAGAUACACGUGUUCACCGUCUGCCAGGUGGUGCAGCUGCUGGUCAUGUGCUUCUUCGGGUUCGCGCCGUGGCCCUACGUAAAGAUGGUCUUCCCCGUCAUCAUCCUGCUACUCUUGCCACUCAGGCACAAGGUGGUCACGCUGUUCAUCGACCAAAAGUACCUGGAAGCGCUGGACGGCGAGCACCAGUAGCGUCCUCACACUCUAUGCAGCUGCAGCAGCCGCACGAGGGCCGCCACCAGAGAGCAUCAGCAGCAGCAGCCCGGGUUGUCGUACCUGAAACUUAUGCAAUGCGGCGAGGAGAGCGCUCUCCCCGUUACUCCCACCGUGUCAAAGUGCCGCCCGGGCGACCGAGUGCGCCCCCCCGCAGCCGCGUCAAGCAAAGAGCGCCGAUACAACCCCC